CAGAGCAGAGGUGGGCGGGGCCAGACGGCGGUAUUUAUUUGUAGGACAAGUGACUCAUCGCCGCCUAGAUUCUAUUCAUUCCGAGAAGCAGCUCCUCCAGACCGACUCGUUAGGACCCACGUUUCUUCCCCACAGCCGGACAGGAUUGAGAUGUUACAUUUCAGGUUCUCCACAGUCCUGAAGGAGUGUUUUCAAGCCACCGUGAAGCGUCCCUUCCCCUGCCGCACCCAGGAGAGCUGGUACCCGGCGUCCCGGCACCGCCGCUGCCUCGGUUCUGUCCCCAGUGAUGUUGCUGCUGCCGCCGCUGUUGCCACACCGCACCGCACCGCGCCCUGCUCCGCACCUCGCCGCUCAUACUGCGUAAAAACAGAAGGCGCAGCUACCGUGGAGCUGGAUGACCACCUGAAGAAGGAUGGGGCCGAAGGAGACAAGAGGAGGAAUCCAGGAAUCCUGCCCAGUUUGGAGGAUCUGCUCUUCUACACGGUCGCUGAAGGUCAAGAGAAGAUUCCAGCUCACAAGUUCCUCACAGCGCUGAAGGCCACUGGGCUUUGGACCGGAGACCCCCGCCUGAAGGAGUGCAUGGAGACGCUGAAGCAGACGCUGAAGAAGACUCCGGACGGCGUGACGCUGGACCGCCACCUGUUCAAGAAGUGUGUCCAGAGCAACAUUGUCCUGCUCACUCAGGCCUUCCGCAAGAAGUUCGUCAUCCCCGACUUCCAGUCCUUCACCUCCCAUAUUGACCAGCUUUAUGAGAAAGCCAAAAACCUCUCUGGAGGGCAGGUAGCAGAUUACAUUCCUCAGCUCGCCAAGUUCAGCCCGGACCUGUGGGCCGUCUCGCUCUGCACUGUCGAUGGACAGAGGCACAUGGUGGGCGACACCAAGGUCCCUUUCUGCCUGCAGUCCUGUGUGAAGCCUCUGAAGUACGCCGUGGCGGUUCAUGACCACGGCACCGAGUACGUUCACAGCUUCAUCGGGAAGGAGCCCAGCGGCCUGCGCUUCAACAAACUCUUCCUGAACGAAGACGAUAAGCCCCACAACCCCAUGGUGAACGCCGGAGCCAUCGUUUGCACGUCGCUCAUUCAGCAAACUGCCAGCAAUGCAGAGAAAUUUGACUAUGUCAUGACCUUUCUGAAGAAGAUGGCAGGAAACGAGUAUGUUGGGUUCAGCAACGCCACAUUCCAGUCGGAGCGCGAGUCUGGAGACAGAAACUUCGCCAUCGGAUAUUACCUGAAGGAGAAGAAGUGUUUCCCUGAAGGAACCGACAUGACGUCUGUGCUGGACCUUUACUUCCAGCUGUGCGCCAUCGAGGUGACCUGUGAGAGUGCCAGCGUCAUGGCCGCCACGCUGGCCAACGGCGGCAUCUGUCCCAUCACGGGCGAGCGCGUGCUGAGCCCGGAGGCGGUGAGGAACACGUUGAGCCUGAUGCACUCCUGCGGGAUGUACGACUUCUCGGGACAGUUCGCUUUCCAUGUCGGACUGCCGUCCAAGUCCGGGGUGGCCGGAGGAAUUCUGCUGGUUGUUCCCAACGUGAUGGGAAUCAUGUGCUGGUCGCCUCCACUGGACAAACUGGGAAACUCGGUCCGAGGAAUUCAGUUCUGCACGGAUCUGGUCGAACUUUUCAACUUUCACAACUACGACAACCUGAGGCACUUCACCAAGAAGCACGACCCGCGCAGAGAGGGAGGCGACCAGAGGCACCACUUCGGACCGAUGGAUUACGAGAGCCUGCAGCAGGAGCUGGCUCUGAAAGCGCCGUUCUGGAAAAAAGUGUCUCCCACGGAGACGGACCAGGACAGCUCCACCACUGUAGUCUAUAGGAUGGACAAAGUCGCCGAGUGACCCCUGACCUCCACUGCCUGCUCCACCCCAUACUUAUAUUUAUAAACCAUGUAGACCAUUAUUUAUUGUUUGUGAAGCGGUUGCUAUGGGGACGAGUCGGGAAGCUCUUUUUACUGUUUCAUUUGGUUCAUAUUUGCUCUGACCAUCAGCUUCAUCUCACUCCAGAUUCUGCAGAACCGACCGGGUUUUCUGGGUUUCUCUGUCAACAGGAGGCUCCGCCUCCAAGGGGUGGGGCAAAUAAGCAAGCAGCCAAUGAGGAUGGGGAACUGGUUUGUGUUCAGAUAUGCAGAAAUAUUUUAGAUUUAGAUGGUAUUUGCACAAGAAUAUAAGUGACAUGGUGAUGUGAUCUGCAUGGAGGCUCAGGGCAUGGAGGCUGGAAAGAGUUUUAAUUUCUGGAAACUGACAGUUUGGAUGAAGAUUUAGGAAAAUAAGGCACUUAUCUUGUUUAGAAAAGUUGGAAAAUUUAUGGAUUUUACAGAAAAGUCACAUUUUAAAGCUAUAAAAUUUAUUUAGUUACCAUAUUUAAGUACAUUAUCCAUAACACUUUGAAGUGUUAAUGAUCAGCUGCUGUUAAUUCUUUCCUCCUGCAGUAGAUCCUGAACCUCCAGUCGAUUUCUCUGCUUUUAUUUUAAUCAAUUUAAAGUAAAAUGUAAAUUUUUUCGGUUUUAAUCAUGAACAUUUUAUCGUGUGUAAUUUCAAUGCGUUGGACCCACAACCAUGACUGCCCACGAUUGUAGUGAGCAGAAAUAUUUUCAAAGAGCCUCAUUUUGUCUCUUUAAGCCAGCUGAGCAGCAGUGCACAGCCUCUUUUAACUGCUGGAAGAGUUUAGUUUUAUUUUGUCUCGUUACUUUUACAAAUUAACACUGUAGAGGAACGAAAACAUUUUUGUUGCUUGCACUGGAUUUUAUUUAGUGACGUCACAGUAAAUUGGGCCGAAUGCAGAUAGAUGCCCACCACACUUUCCAGAAAAAAACAAUAAUAAUCUUGCAGUGUACGUUUCUAAAGUGCAGUUUAUCCAAAAUGUUCCGUUGUCAUCAACCCUCAGUCAGUCGGUGCUGAGACUCCGGUCGCUCCGGGUUUUCCUUCCUGCUCCGGGUUUUCCUUCCUGCUCCGGGUUUUCCUUCCUGCUCCGGGUUUUCCUUCCUGCUCCGGGUUAACUCUGCGUUUUUCUCGGCUGCUUUCUGAAUCCGGCAGGUUUACAGAAAAUCUGCAGAAGUUUUGCUGCUUUAUAAAUAACUGACAGAAACGAGGCUUUAAACCUCAAAACCUGUUUGAACAUAAAGAUCCUCAGAAAGCUUGAAGGAAAGUCUGACUAAACCUGGUCUGGAUGAAGAGUUUUGCACAAUGCUGUACUCCUCUUCAUUUCCCAUGAUCCUCCACUAGGGUCAAAGGUCAACUAAAUGAUCAGAAAGGAAAACAAGCUGAAAUCUGUUCAUUGUAUCACUAAAUUAUCAGUGGAUCUGUUUCUUCUUCAUGGCUGUUGGUGAGACGAAUGCAGCAGCGUUUUAUUCCAGGCUCUGGUCUCUGUCUCGGUUCUGGUUCUGGUCUCUGUCUCGGUUCUGGUUCUGGUCUCAGGCCUGCAGUGUGUUGUCAGUAUUCCUGAUCCGUUCUGCGAUGCUCAGAGCAGCAUCUGUAUUUUGCUUUCUGGCUUCUUUUGUUUGUGUUGGAUGGAAACUUUGGCCGGUUGCUGUCGCCCCCUGCAGGAACCUGAAGGCGUUGCAGGUGAAAGGGCUUAAUGGUGGCUGCACCAGUUGGUGCUGGAGCCGUUCAACUGGUUUUAGGAUGGAGUUGAGCUCAGACAGAGAGAGCUGCUGGAGCAAAAAAUCUGAUAUGUGAAAAUGUUUUUUACUUUGUUACAUUUCUACUCUGUUUUAUUUUUGUCUUUUAUUUGUCUGUAGAUAAAGAUUCAAAGCCUCAGCUGCUUUAAGGCCCCUUGGAGACAAUUUGAAGCUAAAUCAGGUUACAGCAAGAUUUCACUGUAAAUAGACAAAACUUUAACCAAAAUGAAUACAAAGUUAAAUUGCAGAGUUGUAACUCAGUGUCAUCGGCGUAGACAUGAAUUUUAAGUCUCCUUAGGAAGGAAGGAACUGGUCUGAGGAUGGAUCCCUGAGGAACUCAGGAAAUCAUUUGUUGACUCAGAUUUUUUUUUUUGAGGAAUGAAUUAAAACGCCGUUGAUUUUCUGCUUUUCCACUCUGCAUGAUGCGCUCCAUUAAAUCCUUGGGGGCCUAAAGUUAAAUUUGUAACACUUUAAAUCAGUUUGUUGUUCUGAAAUCGACGUUUCCCUACGAUCUGCCGUGAUUCAUGAAUCGUCUCAGCGUGUGAGCUAACGCCGGCGGAGCUUUUGAAUCUUUUACUGAUUGUUCUCAUGAAAAUCAUCCGUUUUUGUUUUCUGCUCAUGUCAUUCCGUUUCUUUGAAUUCUCAUCCUGCAUGCUGAGUUUUGUACAGAAUGUUAAAUGUUUUUAUUUUCUCCAUUCUUAUGUUGAUUCUCGUGCUGAACCUUUUGUUUCUUUAAGAAAUGUUCGCUACAGAUGCAACUUGGAUGAAUAGAGAUCAUUUCUGCUACUGUCUGACUUGGAACUGUGAGGUUUCUGGACUCAAACCAAAGAUUUCAUGUUUAAUUAUGAAAAUAAACUUGUUUCAGGUUUUAAAUGUACAAAUGAAACCUUACAUUUCCAGGUGUUUGUGAUUGUGUAUGAAGUCUCCAUGAAUCCAUCAUCUGUCCUGUCAGCUGAUUGGAGCAGACGUGACAGUCUGUUGUUCAUUUGAUUUUUCUUGUUUUGCCAUUUUUGUCUCAUGUAUGAAAUAAAAUAAAGCUCUUAUCUAUCA